AUGUCUGAACCCCUCGAGACCGCCGAGGAUUUACUCAGCAUCAUCCCAACUGAAACGUCGGUCUCAGAUAAAAAAUCACCUCGAAUGUUGAUUUACUCAGGAACUAGAGAUCGCACAUUGGAGGUGAUGAGAGCGGUUUGCAAAGCCAGAGGUAAUCCUGAUGAUAUCAAGAAAUCAGUGCUUGUAUAUAUCCGACGAUAUCGUUCUUCAACUGAUAAAGAAGAUAAAGCAGAACGAGCAAGAGAGUUUGGCAUUGUGAUUAUAGUGGCUUCCAUGGAUCCUUCGAUACCUGACUUGAUUGGUGGACGAGCUGGACGCAAUAUUGAUUGCCGCCUAGUUAUUCACUUUGUUCAACCCAACAUGCCAAACAGUCCCAACACCGCCAGUGAAGUUGUGGUGUCGAGCACAAUGAAUGAUGAAGAACGCAUGCCUGCAUUUCGUCUCACAGCAUGUUGCCUCAGAGCGGUUUACUAUAUGGAUAUUGAUAUUGCGCGAGUCCUUGAUAGCAAUCAUCGACAGCGAGCGCUAAAGAAGACCGAUUUCGAUCUUUACAGACAUCGAUAUAUCCCAAUGUCAUUGACUGGCCCCGGCUAUCUAGAAGAGAUGGAACGUCAACGUACUGCAGGGAUGACUGUGUGCCGAUGCUCAAACUGUGAUCAUCAAAGAGCAGCUCGAGUGCAUCCUCUUGCCCAAGACGAAAGCAGCUGA